UAUAUUCAACAUAGCCGUGGCCUAUCCAUAUCUUUAUUAUCUAUGCCCAGAUCAUGCUAUAAUUAUAUGUUCGUGGCCCAGAUCAUGGUUUAAGUAUAUCUUAAACCGUGACCGUGAUUAUGACUACUUAUGUGAUAAACUGAUAAUGGAACUGUGAUAAGGAAACUGCUCUGAGGCCCGAGCCCCGAGGACGAUGCCGUACUGCCGUCUGCCGUAUAUUUUCUAUAGUCUGUUUCUUAAAUAAUAAUAAUUAAUAUUGGACGAUAUAAAAACGUUACAAUGCUUAAACUAAUGAAAUUAAAUUAUGUUCGUAGUUGUGUUCAAAUACCAAAUAAUUCAUACGCAUCACCUAGUGGAAUUAUUUCAUUGGGAAAGUCUAAAAAAAAACUGGGCAAAGGAGGUCCGGUUUUAGAAAAAUCUGAAAUUCCUGUUGAAACAGAUGCCAAAAAAUUAGUCAAUUUUGUAUGCGGGAGCAAUACAUUGAAAGAAGGGCAAGAUAUAGAAUUAAAACCUGACUCAGAAUAUCCAGAUUGGCUUUGGAAUUUGAAUAUAGAUGGACCAGUACCGUUACAAAAAUUGGAUCCUAAUUCAAAACAAUAUUGGCUCAGAGUACGAAAAUUAUCAAUGAGAAGAAAUAACUUGUUAAAUAAAUUAAAAAGGUUUUAGGCAUAUAUAAUAUGAUUGAUAUAAUAUAGGUAUCAUGUAUAAAUAGUGAUUACAUUGGCCAUUGUAUAUUUUUAAAUUCAAAAUUAAUAUUUUAUUGUUUAAUAAAAAAAAGUUGAAUUUCUUGA